AUGGAGCUCUCCGGUCAAGUCGAGCCGACUCAAACGGUGAACACCACAAACUACAGUUUGAUUGCAGAUGCUUCCACGGUGGAUGGGAGCGCAGAGAAUCUCGCCUACCAGAUCAGUCUGGCGGUGAUUCUCUCUGUUAUCACGCUCGUAACCACUUUAUCCAACGCGUUCGUCAUCGCCACAAUCUCCCAAUCGAAGAAAUUGCAAACUCCUGCCAACUUUUUAAUCGCCUCUCUGGCCAUCACCGACCUGCUAGUGUCCAUUCUGGUGAUGCCCAUCUGCGUCCUGUACACAGUCAUCCACACCUGGACGCUCGGGCAAAUUGUGUGCGACAUCUGGCUUUCCUCGGACAUAACGUGUUGUACGGCCUCCAUCCUUCACCUGUGCGUAAUAGCGCUGGAUAGGUACUGGGCCAUCACGGACGCGGUUGAGUACUCCAAAAAGCGCACGCCGGGACGCGCAGCCGGGAUGGUGGCCACAGCCUGGGUCAUCGCCAUCUCCAUCUCCCUGCCGCCUCUCUUCUGGAGGCAGGUGAAGGCGGAGGAGCUGACCAGUUGCAGUGUCAACACGGAUCAUAUUUUCUACACCAUCUACUCCACCUUUGGGGCAUUCUACAUCCCUACCUUGUUGCUUAUUGUCCUCUACGGGCGGAUAUAUGUCGAGGCUCGGAAGCGGAUCCUCAAGCAGUCCUCCAAGAAAGUGGGGAAGAGACUCACCUCUGCGCACCUGGUCACCAACUCCCCCGGAUCCGUGGCGUCCACUGGCUCUCUGCGGUGCAACAGACACGAUACUCCUUCAAGCGACACCGGGUCCUCAACAAGCGAAAACCAGGUGAAGGUGACGGUAUCGGACGCGCUUUUGGAGAAGAAACGAAUUUCAGCAGCCAGAGAGAGAAAAGCCACAAAAACACUGGGGAUAAUCCUCGGCGCUUACAUCGUCUGCUGGCUGCCGUUUUUCAUAUACACACUGGUGGUAGCCACAUGUGACACUUGUUUCCUCCCAGAGUUAUUUGAUUUUUUCACCUGGCUGGGAUAUCUGAACUCCCUCAUCAACCCGAUCAUAUACACGAUGUCUAAUGAGGACUUCAAGAAAGCUUUCCAUAAACUUGUACGCUUCCGAUGCUGCAGGUCCUGA